AUGUACCGGAAGCCAAAUGCGCCGUUUAGGCCGCCGCGGCCCAUCGGGAGCAGAGAAUCUGGCUCUAAUAAUCUGAAUAGCGAGACUUCCGCCAACCCCGAUGUUAUCGCGUCUGGCAAUCGCGUCCUACCGACACCCACUACUGAAAAUACUAAUACAAGCUUUCCCGUGCAAGCCCGCGUAAAGAGGCUUAAAGUAGGUCUAGUGCGAAGGCCAGCCCCGGUAGCACCGGCGGCAGACCUGGCAGAACAUGAGUCUCGGCCUAGUUCACAACAGGAUACUUCCCAGGGCCUGAAAAAGUACUACACCGUGCAAUGGAGAAAACGUACAAACAAGAAGAACAAGUCGUGGGAAGGCGACGGAUACAUCGUAGUAACAGAUGAAGGUUCGGUUCUUAAAAUCUUGGUCAAGGACCGCCUCUAUAAACCUGUAGGACGCUCCAAGAAGAACACCGUAGAGGGCCUCAUCCUUUUCGGAUCCUAUGAGGCAGAGGUCGACUCAGAGGCGUCGCUCGACGAAAUACGAAGACUCACGUCUCCUGACGACGCGUUGGCGUUAACGUCCUCGCCGGUCCGUGAAAACAAAUCGCUUUUCUCAGAGCCAAUGAAGAAACACAACCCGCAUUUGAUCAAAGGGCAAGAAUCCCUGCUCUUUGUGGAGCCUGAUUCUGUUGAACCUGUUCUGGAACCUAUUAAAGAGUCCCCUGUAUCCAUGUCGGUGCCACCAGCGGCUGAUCUGUGUCAAUUCUCCCUACCGAUGAUAGGCAGUACAAUGAAACGCUUAAAUGUCGAUGAAUGUCUUCUGGCAAAGCUCCGCGAACACCAGCGGGAGGCCGUUCUGUUCAUUUACGAGUGUAUAGUCGGAAUUAGAGAUCCAAACCACUUGGGGGCGCUUCUAGCCGACGAAAUGGGACUUGGAAAAACUCUCACAGCAAUAACGGUAAUCUGGACGCUCUUGAAACAAAGCCCUAUUCCUAAUGAGAAACCACCUUUGAAGAAAGUUCUUAUAUGCUGUCCUGUGACCCUUAUUGACAACUGGUAUCGUGAGUUCACAAAGUGGCUCGACAUAAACCGUAUUGGAAUCUUGGCGCUCAACAAGCAACAGACGGCAAAAAAAGAUAAGCAAGAUAUUGUUUCGUUUGGGAAAACGAAAGUUUACCAGGUUCUCAUUAUGAGUUAUGAGAAGGUAAUGAGUUGCAGUCAAGAGCUCUCAUCUGUAGACAUUGAUCUCAUGGUUUGCGACGAGGGCCACAGACUCAAGAGUGCUGCUAAUAAAACUCUUAACACACUCACUAGCUUUCAGAUCCCUAGAAAAUUGCUUCUCACCGGAACGCCCAUUCAGAACGAUUUAAACGAGUAUUACACCAUCAUCAACUUUAUAAAUCCAGGGAUAUUAGGUCUGUAUCCCGAAUUUCAGAAAAAUUAUCUCAGACCUAUCGUGAAGGCUCGAGAUAAAAGUUGUCUCCAUAAGGACACUCUCAGAGAAGGUAAGAGCAAAUCGAAUGAGCUUAUCGCCAUUACAAAAUCCUUUGUGUUACGAAGAACUAAAGAUUCAAUAAGAAACUUCCUCACGGACAGAACUGAUGUUUUAGUUUUUUGCAGGCCUAACAGCUUGCAAAAGCGUUUGUUCGAGUUAGCGUCAUCAUCGAACAAAUUUACGUCAGUGAUGGGCUCCGAAAGCACCACAGUCCUCUCCUUGAUCAAUGUCUUCAGAAAGAUAUGUAACCUGCCUUCUUUGGUCGUGGAUGAUACGCUCUUUCAGCAGCUUUACAUGAAUGCUCAAUCGAAGCCAGAACUGCUCAAUCCUCUGAACUUAAAGAACAAAGUUGCAGGAAGCAAAAUUAAUGUACUUGUACCGCUCUUGCUAGAAUUUAAAAAAAAUAGUGAAAAGGUGGUGUUGAUCUCUAAUUUUACCCAAACCUUGGAUCUUUUGGAACUGGUCCUCUCGAAACUCAACAUGCUGUUCCUUCGUUUGGAUGGCACCACAUCAUCAAACACGAGAGAUCAAUUGGUGACCAAAUUUAAUACGAGUCCAUUGUUCGAUGUCUUUUUGUUAUCGGCUAAGGCCGGUGGAGUUGGACUCAAUUUAAUAGGAGCGUCCAGACUCAUUCUCUUCGACAACGACUGGAAUCCGCUGAUAGACCAACAAGCCCUUGCUCGUAUUCACAGAGAUGGCCAGAAACUUCCCGUUUUUGUGUAUCGGCUCUUCACAGCAGGCGCCAUUGAUGAAAAGAUUUUUCAACGCCAACUCACCAAAAUUACCCUCAGCGACCAAUUUUUGGAUGAACACACGGAUUCAAAUCUGAAUAUUUUUGAUUAUGAAGAUUUGCGCGAUUUGUUCACUAUCAAUGACUCAAAAUGUAACACUCACGACCUUCUUGAAUGUGAAUGCAAGGGAGAUGGUAGUAGUACAGCAGCUCAGACCGAAGUAGAGACAGACACUGAUUCAGAUGAAGAGAAUGGUCCCGAGAUGCCGUCUUCCGGUUUUUCUAGUGCCUUGAGUUUGAUGGAGGGUGCAGAUACAAAGGAGCUGACGAAGACGAGAGCUAUCAGAACGGCUCUUGUGCAUUUCAAGCAUUACGAUCCCGCUGUUGGAACCGCACAAAUUGAAGACCAAUUGUUAGCAAGACUAUUAUCGAGGACUGAUGGCGACAUUAGCUACUGUUUUACUCAUUUACAAGCAAGUGGUACUAAAUAG